UUGCCCCGCCAGUGGAGCGUAGAAACAGCGCCACAAUCAAACAGCGCUGCUUCUCUGCGGACGUGUUGCUGUCAGAUUUGGACAAACAGAUUCAGAUAAACUGAAAUAUUCUUGUGUUACAAAGCUGGUGACUUUACGAGUCGUUGAGCUUUCAUCCGACAGACUCGAGCUUCGCUAAGCUGAAGAAGCUAACAAGGGGAACUGAUGAGGUCCGAUCGGGAAGCUAACGUGGCUAACGGUAGCGGGUGUUAGCUGAACUUACCGCGGUGUCAUCAGCUUCAGUUACAGGUUAAAGUUCCACCCUGUCGGCCACAGCAGGGAUGAGCUGCCCGGUGAAGCUCCAGGCGCUGCCGGCCGGAGUGUUGGAAGCGGUUUUAACUCCGGAGAAUCUGAGAGGAAGAAGCUCGAUGAACUCUCUCACUCCGCUGAGUUUCCCCAGAUCUAGAUCAGCUCUGUGGGACAGCAGCCCUGCAGGAGAGAAGCUCCGCCUACAGCUCUGCUUGUACAGGAAGCCUCGGUUGGUGCUGUUGGAGAAAGCUCUGCGUCUGGCUCAGCGUCAUGCCCGUCACAGCAACAAGCCCCGCCUCCACUGUUUCUUCCUGGGAUCAGUGUCUGUGGACGCAGAUGAGGAGGGUGUCACUGUGACUCUGGACCGGUUCGAUCCGGGUCGGGAACAGGCCAGAGCCUUGGGCCGGGUUCCCUCUGCUCUACUGCCAGGGGACGUCCUGGUUUCCUGUUUGUUCUCCGCACAGACUGACACUUCACUUGAGGCUAUCGCCCAAUCAGAGGCUGAACUACAUCACUGCUUCAAGGUGUUGCAGCAGUUUUUGAGCAGCAGACAGACUCUGGAUCUGUCUCAGCUGAUAAAGGUCAGAGGUCAUGUUGCCUGCUCUCAGCAGUCUGACGCUGCAGCGUUCAGCCUCAGCUGGUCUUUCGUCUGUCCGUCGGUCGGCGUGGACGUUCAGCCGGUCCGAGCUGUCCCCAUCAUCCCCACAGCUCUGUUGAGGAGUCUGACCAGCAUCAACAGACCGCCGCCGCACGCUGCCAGCCGACAGAGAGGGUUUCUGACGAUGGAUCAGACCAGAAAACUGCUUCUGCUGCUGGAGUCUGAUCCUAAAGCCUCCAACCUGCCGCUGGUCGGGCUCUGGCUGAGUGGAGUCACACACGUCUACAACCCUCAGGUGUGGGCCUGGUGUCUGAGGUUCCUGUUUAGCUCCGCCCUUAAGGACAGAGUUUUAUCAGAGAGUGGCUGCUUCCUGCUCGUCCUGUUCGGUUCCACACACAGCGCUCCUCAGUUCUUCCAGGGUCGAGGACCAGGACCUAGAUUAGGACCUGGACAAGGACCACCGCUGGACUACCAGCUGCUCACAGCCUCCCAGUGUGUCACACUGUACCAGCAGGCGGUGUCAGUAGAGGGUCAGACUCUGCAGUGUGAGCUGGGCUCAGAGGAUCACAGCAGACAGCUGGAGGUCUUCAGAGAGGCUCGGAGCUCCUUCAACAGCUCAGCUGUCCCCCCAGCUGCAGGUCUGUCUGUCAGUGAUCAGGACUCUGGAGUGGAGGAUGAAGACCUGUCUCCACGCCCGUCCCCGAGCCCCCACCUGCCUGCUCAGCAGGCCCGCCGAGUCCAGCCAUCUGUCCCUGAACUUUCUCUGCUGAUCGACAGCAGCUUCUCCUCCAGUCACAACGCUUGGCAGGACCCUGACCCCGCCCACAGACCUCCUGCUGCUCCUGCUGCUCCUGCUGCUGCUGCUGACGCGACAUCUGCUCCCCCAACUGGAAACACCACCACCUCCUCCUCAGUUCCCAAACCACAGUCUCCUCCUGCUCCUCACCUCCACAGCACCCCCAACGCCAACCUGCAGCAGCCCUGCACCUGCUGCUCCACCCAUACCUACAACUGCACCCCCAUCUUCUCCUCCACAGGACUCCACCCUGCUGCUGCAUCCUCCCAUCACCACACUCCUCCUCCUCCCUCCAGUCUCUACCCUUCUCCUCCUCACUCCCAUCACCACACUCCUCCUCCCUUCAGCAACCAUUUAUCUAUUCCUGUUCUUCCAUCCUCCACUCGCAGUACUCCUCUGUCCUCCCAUCGCCACACUCCUCCUCCUCCCUCCAGUCUUCACCCUGCUCCUCCUCCCUCCAGUCUUCACCCUGCUCCUCCUCCUCACUCCCAUCAGCAAACUCCUCCUCCCUCCCAUCCACCUCACUCCAGUUUCCAUCCAUCUUCAGCCCCUCCUUCCUCCACUCACAGUACUCCAUCGUCCUCCCAUCACACUCCUCCUCCCUUCUCCAAACCCCCACCAGCUUCGUCAGCUCCUCCUCACUUCCACAGCUCCUCCUCUCCGCUCCCCAGCCACCACCACACUUCUCCUCCCGCCACUCAUCUCUCUGGUCUUCCUCCCUCCACCCUCGUCCCACCUCCUUCCUGUCACUGCAGCCCCCCUCCUGCUGUCCCAUGGUGCAGUGAGAGUUGUCACCCCUCCCGUCCAGCAGCAGGAGCAGACCCUGCUUCUCCUCCCUGGUCUCUCCGUCCCUCCAACUGUCCUAAUCAGUGCUGUGAUCAGGUGGGUGGAGUCACACCGACAGACACCUACCAGCUCCUUCUCCAUCAGGACCGACAGCUCCGCCUUCUGCAGGCUCAGGUCCAGAUGCUGCUGGAGGCUCAGGGGAAACUUCAGUCCUCCAGUGGGCAGGUCGACACUCAGACACAGAGGAGCACAGCUAGCAUCGCUGUGGGGACAGGUGCCAGUCUGUUCUGGGGGGAUCCUGUCCAGUCCCUCCCUCAUCGGGAGGUACAGGCUCCUCCCCUCUCCUCCACCACACCUCCCCCCUCACCCUCUCACAGUCCCUGCUCCCCCUGCAGACCCUCUUCACACUCUGACCUGUCCAUCAUCAGGCCCAUGGGUGGAGCUGACAAUGGUGACAUCACGGUUCAGGAGGCUGCUGUGUCCCCGUCCGAUCAGCUCAGUGGUGUUCAGAGUCCAGUCCUGGGGGAGAGUGUCAGUAUGUACCAGCCUGAAGAGGACCAGAACUUCUACGAGAACCUGAUGAAUCAGCUGACCAGUCGUCUUCAGGAGUCAGACAGCAGACAGGAAGUGGAGAAGGAGGAGUCCAGGAGGAGGAGCCUGUCUGUGGCUCCAGACCGCUCCCAGUCCUCCCAGUCCUCCCAGUCGUCAGCGUCGUCCAGGAGGAAGCAGCAGAGUUCUGGAGACCCGGUGGUCAGCGCCACUCUGAGGCAGCUGCAUCAGCUCGGAGUCGAUGUGGACAAAGAAGAUCUGACAGAGUCUGACCGAAGGAUCCAGCAGACGGUGGAGAGCAGCAGCACUCUGGCGAGCAUCAACCCGGCAGCGGUCCUGUCCAGACUGAGUGUGUCCGAUCCGUCCAUCAGUUCUCUGUUCCCAGGGGAAAGUGUGGAUCUGAGUUUGGAGGCCAACGCCAUCGCCCUGCGCUACCUGAGCGACUCUCAGCUCAGCAGACUGUCUCUGGGAGGCCACGCCCCCUGCACAGGCCUGUCUGCCUCCUCCAGCAACUCCCCACUGUCGCCUAGCAACAUGUCGAUGGCCACUAGGAAGUAUAUGAGGAGGUACGGCCUGAUCGAGGAGGAAGAAGAGGAAGAGGAGGAAGUCGCCCGACAGCCGCUGACUGAAGCUCAGAAAGUGAAGCUCCUCCCACAGAGUCAGCUGAUUCAAGACCUGCGGCCGAAAAUGCAGCUGUUAGCUGGCGAUGCCAAACUGACCAAUGCCGACAAGGAGAACUGUUCGGGGUGGCGGCCAUCUUUAGUGAGGCCGAGCAGCCGGCAGACAGAAAGAUCAGUGGGAAACAUCCUGGACCUGAGCCGCCUGAGACAGCUGCCCAAACUCUUCUGACUCCAGAACACCAAAUCACCGACUGGAAUCUGCUGCAGGAUUGUAAAAAAACUGUUGUUUUUUAAAUGGAGUCUGGUGUGUCUGAAGGAACGGCCGACUGACUGAUCUGAGAGCUGCUUUUUACAAUCUCAUAGGUUUCAUGGUUUCACUGGAGGGACUGGUGUCCAGACUGUGAGCCGCUAAAAACUGCUAUUUUUUAAAUGGAGUCUGGUUUGUGUGAGGAGCUGGGGGAGCUGCACAGCUGUAAUUUUAUUGGUUGGACUGGUUUGACUGGAAAUCUGCCUCUCUGUGGAUGAAAUGAUUUUCCAGUGUUUGAUGUUUUUCAUCUUUCUGUUUUAAUGUGAAUUUUCUUUUGCACAGAUUUUUAAAAUAUUUAUGAUUUCACAAAUAAAACUGGUAAUAAUUUUACUACGUG